AUGCGCCACCUGUACCAAAUCCAAGCUCAAGUCACUACCAACCCGAUCCCCUCUAUGGACCCGAACCUCAUUGCCGUCAAACUCAUCGGCGUCUGCGCUUCACGCGCUAGUGUCCGCCAUGGCACGCUUAUCUUCACCCACUACCUCUCCAGCCCCAACAUCUUCGCCUACAACGCUAUUCUCAAGGCAUUCGCUCAACACAAUGACUGGCUCAGCACUUUGCGUUACUUUAAUGCCCAGCUGGUUCUGCCUAGCGCACCUGACCCGGAUGAAUAUACUUUCACUUCGGUGCUUAAGGCUUGCGCCGGUCUCGCCCAAGAAGACGAGGGUCGGAAAGUUCAUUGCUUAGUGACUAAAUACGGGUGCCACUCGAACAUUUUUGUUAGAAAUUCGCUUGUUGAUUUGUAUUUUAAGGUGGGUUGUUUUGAGAUUGCCCAUAACCUGUUCGAUGAAAUGACUGUGAGAGAUGUUGUGUCCUGGAAUACUUUGAUAUUUGGGCUUUGUUUGAGUGGUCAAGUUGAUAAGGCACAGGCUGUGUUUGAUGGUAUGGUGGAGAGGAGUUUGGUUUCUUGGUCAACGAUGAUAAGCGGGUACGCUAAGGUGGGUGAUUUGAAGGAAGCCCGGCGGCUUUUCGAAGAGAUGCCGGAGAGGAAUGUUGUUUCUUGGAAUGCCAUGAUUGCUGGGUACGCCCAGAAUGAGAAGUAUUCUGAUGCAGUUGAGCUAUUUCGACGGAUGCAGCAAGUUAAAGGCUUGGCUCCAAAUGACGUGACACUUGUCAGUGUGUUGUCUGCUUGUGCUCAUCUUGGUGCUCUUGAUUUGGGGAAAUGGAUUGAUAGGUUCAUAAGACGGAGAGGGAUAGAAUUGGGUCUGUUCUUAGGGAAUGCAUUGGCGGAUAUGUAUGCCAAAUGUGGAUGCAUCGAAGAAGCUAAAGGGGUUUUUGAUAAGAUGCAUGAGAGAGAUGUGAUAUCGUGGAGUAUUAUUAUUACCGGAUUGGCCAUGAAUGGCCAUGCUAACGAAGCUUUCGAGUGUUUUGAUAAAAUGGUUGAACAUGGGGUGAGGCCAAAUGAUAUAACUUUCAUGGGGUUAUUGACGGCAUGUACUCAUGUUGGCUUAGUUGAAAAGGGCCUCAAGUAUUUUGAUACGAUGGAUCACACUUAUGGAAUCAUUCCCAAGAUUGAGCAUUAUGGAUGUGUGGUUGAUCUGCUCAGUCGUGCUGGCCGCCUUGAUGAAGCAGAGAAGUUGAUAAACUCAAUGCCAGUAGAGCCUAAUGUCAUUGUUUGGGGUGCAUUACUUGGUGGUUGCCGGAUAUACAAAGAUAUCGAAAGAGGAGAACGUGUUGUCCACCGGAUUCUUGAGCUAGAAUCAGAUCACUCCGGAAGCUAUGUUUAUCUUGCUAAUAUGUAUGCGUCAUUAGGUAGACUGGACGAUGCAGCCAAAUGUAGGUUGAGAAUGAGGAACAAUGGAGUGAUGAAAAUGCCUGGUUGUAGUUGGAUAGAGGUAGAUAAUGUAGUAUACGAGUUCUUCAUGGGUGACUUAUCACAUCCUCAAUCAGAUAAGAUAUUCUACAUGAUUAGAGAACUAAGGUGGAAGAUGAAGCUAGCUGGGUACAAACCAAGGACAGAUCUUGUGGUUCAUAAUAUAGAUGAAGAAGAGAAGGAAGAUGCUUUGUCUGUUCAUAGUGAAAAGCUGGCGAUUGCAUUCGGACUAAUUAGCACUCCUGAAGGAACUACAAUUCGAAUUGUGAAAAACUUGCGAGUCUGUAAUGAUUGUCAUGAUGCAAUAAAGAUAAUAUCUAGAAUUGCUAACAGAGAGAUUGUUGUGAGAGACAGGAGCCGCUUCCAUCAUUUCAGAGAUGGUAGAUGUUCUUGUAAUGAUUAUUGGUAGCAAGUAGCUUCAGCAUUGGAUGUAAAAAGUCAAUGAAUAUCUCGGAUUGGAAACAACAAA